GUUCCCUUGCACUGCCAAAAUCAAACAGCAAUACGACAGGACACGGCAGGCUAACUGCAGGAUAGAGGGCUAUGAGUCAAGUACUGCACCAUAUCAAUAACAGCCCAACUGGAACAAACGACAUACGGUCUAUCUAACUUCAGACAGACAGUAUUCUUGAAGAUAUAAUGCUCUCCUCACAGCCCCUGUCCUUGGGGACAGUGACCUGCUUGGUCCUAAUCUUUGGCCUCUAUGCGACCUCCCUCUCUACCGAUGCCGAGAAGGGAAGGAGGAAAGUUGUUCAUGUACUCGAGGAUGACACCGGGGCAGUGAUCGUUCAGACCGCCCCCGGUAAAGUGAUCACCCACCGGGGAGGCUCCAUCACCCUGCCCUGCCGCUACCACCACGAACCUGAGAGCUCCGACCCCAACCGCAUCCGCAUCAAGUGGACCAAGGUGACGGACGCGCUGGUGUUUGAGGAUGUGUUCGUCGCACUGGGCCUCCAGCAGAGGUUGUUCGGGUCGUAUCGGGGUCGUGUGUCCCUGGAGAAAAACGGACCGGGGGACGCCUCGGUCAUCAUCCACAACGUCACCUUGGAGGACUACGGACGCUACGAGUGUGAGGUUACCAACGACAUGGAGGACGAUACGGGAUUCGUCAACCUCGAUCUUGAAGGUGUGGUGUUCCCCUACUAUCCACGUGUGGGGCGCUACAAGCUCAACUACCACCAGGCUGAGGACGUGUGUAAGGAGCAGGAUGCCAUCCUGGCCUCCCAUGCCCAGCUCCACAAGGCCUGGCUGGAAGGACUGGACUGGUGCAACGCUGGCUGGCUGGAGGACGGCUCCGUCCAGUACCCCAUCUCCCACCCCCGGGACCAGUGUGGCCGCAAGGACACCGCCGCAGGGGUACGCAACUACGGCUACAGACACAAAGAGGAUGAGCGCUAUGAUGCCUUCUGUUUCACCUCCAACCUCAAUGGUAAGGUGUAUUUCCUGAAGCGCUUUAAGAAGGUGAAUUAUUCUGAAGCAGUGAAGGCGUGCGUUCGUGAUGGCUCCGUGGUGGCCAAGACGGGCCAGCUCUACGCUGCCUGGAAGAUCCAGCUGCUGGACCGCUGUGAAGCUGGCUGGCUGGAGGACGCAAGCAUCCGUUACCCCAUCGUCAACCCACGUACCCGCUGCGGCGGGCCCCAACCGGGGGUCCGCCACCUGGGCUUCCCUGACUUGAAGUUCCGCCUCUACGGGGUCUACUGCUUCCGCAAGAAUGAAGAGAGUGUUAAUGGUGAUGUGGUGAAGUCGACCCAGGGCCCAAGGAAGAGCAGCAAGGACAUCCCCAUGAACACCACCUCCACCAGAUCCAUCGAGAGAGAGAGAGACUGAGAGGAGGGUUAAGAUCACUGCCCGUACAACAUAGCUCCAUCCAUUGCUUUAGCUUAACAAUAUGGAUAAACAUCACUGACAACACAUGCUAAUUUGCAGGAUUCACCAGCGAGGGAAAGCAACUGCUUUGUUCAAUAAGGGGCGGAGUCUUUAUCUCUGGGUUUUCUCCUGUCUGGUGUUAAACGAGGUGCCAGUUUGUUGAGAGCAUUCCGUGCGCCUUUCACUGUCUCAGAGAGACUUAGCUAGUAACUGCAGCUGAUCAUCAUUUCUCAGGCACAUCAAGAUUGGAAAGCCUUUCAUUAAAUAACUCCAUAGUUGACUAUGUGUCUAUUGGAGAGAGGCCACAAGCAUGAUGGGUCUCAGACUCCACAGUGUGUUCUGGUCUCAAUGUGGCUUCAUUUCCAGAGAAAAAGGCCCUUUGCGAGAGGCACUCAACUUCAAGCAGUGCCAGCCGGAGAGAGUCAUAUUAAUUAGUGUGCAGUACAGACAGAGACAGAAAGACAGAGAUAAUUUACUAUGUCUGUCUGAGUGUAAUGAAUGUAGCACAUUAAGAGAUCCUCUCUCUCAGAGGCCUGAUUAGCAGAGACUUAAAGCAGACUACUAAUGCCUGAUCAAUCAAAUCAAAUCAAAUGUAUUUAUAUAGCCCUUCGUACAUCAGCUGAUAUCUCAAAGUGCUGUAAAGGUGCUGUACAGAAACCCAGCCUAAAACAUCAAGUAAUGAAGGUGUAGAAGCACAUUGGCUAGGAAAAACUCCCUAGAAAGGCCAAAACCUAGGAAGAAACCUAGAGAGGAACCAGGCUAUGAGGGGUGGCCAGUCCAUCUGUGAAUGUUGCCAGUUGCCAGCAUGAUGCCCAAGCUUUGCCUGUCAUGGCAGAGCACUGCUCACAGGUGCCCUUUGAGUUUACUGCCAGUCGCCUGCCUCUGGGCACAAACUGGUUUAAUCAAUUAUGUUUCAAUGUCAUUUCAACAAAAAUAUGUAAUGCGAUGACGUUGAAUCAACGUGAAAACUGGUUAGAUUUGCAAACGUCAUCAACGUAAGGGAAUUCUGUCUUUUUUUCACCCAAUUUUGAACAUAAAUCCAAUGACGUGUGAUUGUGUUUAUUUCACGUUAGUUGACAACUCAACCAAAUGUAAAUCAAAACUAGACAUUGAAAUGGUGUCUGUGCCGAGUGAGCAGUUGCCAUGUUGGAGUAGAGCCAAUUAUUAAACAUUAUUUACCUCAGUAACUAACUAAGUACUGGCAUGCCAUACCAGAGCUCAAUAAACAUAGUAGCGAAUAUUGAACUUAGAUAUAUUUUAUGACGAAAUGGUUAGUCUAUAGCAAGCAUGUUAUACCUGGAUGUGAUUUUAGUAUCGGGAGCUGAAGCUGAACUAACAGAACCAUGUUAUAGCUGCUUUAAUAGCUGCUUAAUCACCUCAUAUUUCUAUGCAGCCAUAAUUAUCGAUUACACUCUUUGUUCAAUUGUGAAAUAGCCCGAUUUUAACUGUAUUGAUCAUUAUCUUGAUGCAUGAAUGUAUCUAUAGUUAGGGCUAUAUGCUGACGCUGUGAUACAAAAGUAACAAAUGAGAUCUUGACGUUGUUGUUAAAAAAUUCUGAUUCUGUGAUAUUCU